GCUGCUCGAAGCACUUUGAUGUCUCAAACUCAGCAGACUGUGCAGGGCAUCUUUUUUAUCCCCGCACAACUAUUGUGCCUUUUUAAAGGGACAGUUCCCCCCAAAAUCAAAACACAAUUUUUUUUCCUCUUACCUGUAGAGCUGUUUAUCAGUCUAGAUUGUUUUGGUGUGAGGUGCUGAGUGUUGGAGAUAUCAGCUGCCUUCUCGGCAGUAUAAUAGAACUAGAUGUCACUCAGCUUGUGGUGCUCAAAGGGCUGAAAAAUAUAUUUGAAAAACCCAAAAGCAAUGUCUCCUUUCAGAAAUCUUGACCUGGUUACUCAAGAUAAUCCACAGACCUUGUUGUGAGCAGUUCCAUGUAGGAACUAUUUUAUUUCUGCCAAACUACACCCACCAACUGUAUCACCGUGCAGAAGGAAGCGUGCAUCUGCUGCUAGCUCACCUAGCACCACUGAGCUAGCUAACCUUACAGCUCAGCCGAAGAGGACGCCAUUAAUAGCCAUCAUCAGACCGAGGUUUUUAAAAGUGGCGGUUACCAGUGCUGCUGUAUUCGACCAAUGGCACCCUCGUCUCUCAUGGUUGCUCUUGUGGUGUAAGAGUACCCAGUCUGCAGUAGGAGCUAAAAAAGUCCCUCAAAGUAGGGUUAUAAGGAUUACAAAUGUUCCUAGUUCUGUUUUGCAGACACAACAAAAACUGGGGGUUCUUACAACAAUGAUGAAGUUCCUCUGGUUUGAAAACACAGCCUCUUGUCUAUGAGUAGAUGCACGCACAUUGAUACGGUUGGCGGGUGUAGUUCAGUAGAAAGCAAAUAGUUCCAACAUGAAACUGCUCACAACAAGGUCUGUGGAUUAUCUUGAGUAACCAGGUCAUGAUUUCUGGAAAGAGACAUUGCUGUUGAGUUUUUUGGCGCUUUGAGCACAACAAGCUGAGUGCCAUCUAGUUCCAUCAUUAUCAAAAGAAGCCAGACAUCUCUAUGGCUGAUAUCUCCAACAUCUGGUGACUUGCACGUAGACUGAUGAAUACACACAUGGACAAAAUUGUUGGUACCCUUCCGUUAAAGACAGAAAAACCCACAAUGGUCACUGAAAUAACUUGAAACUGACAAAAAUAAUAAUAACACCCUUAAUUUAAUAUUUUGUUGCACAACCUUUUGAGGCAAUCACUGCAAUCAAUCGAUUUCUGUAACUCUCAAUGAAACUUCUGCACCUGUUAACAAGUAUUUUGGCCCACUCCUCAUGAGCAAACUGCUCCAGCUGUCUCAGGUUUGAAGGGUGCCGUCUCCAGACUGCAUGUUUCAGCUCCUUCUCAUAGAAGGCCACUUUAGAAUAGUUCACUGUUUUGUUCUUAGUCAAUUUGGGUGUUUUUAACUGUGUGUUUUGGGUCAUUAUCCUGUUGGAGGACCCAUGACCUGCAACUGAGACCAAGCUUUCUGACACUGGGCAGCACAUUUCGCUCCAGAAUGCCUUGAUAGUCUUGAGAUGUAAUUGUACCCUGCACAGAUUCAAGACACCCUGUGCCAGAUGCAGCAAAGCAGCCCCAGAACAUAGCCGAGCCUCCUCCAUGUUUCACAGUAGGUACAGUGUUCUUUUCUUUGUAUGCUUCAUUUUUGCAUGUGGGAACAUAGAGCUGAUGUGACUAGCCAAAUAGCUCCAGUUUUGUCUCAUCUGUCCAAAGGUCAGUACAGAAAGAUAAAAAACAAUACAUAAAAUAUAAUACAAGUGAUAACAAACGACUAAUAGCAAAAUAUUUUCGACUGCAAUAGAUUUUGCCAAUAAUACUUUUGUAUUUUUUCGUAUGUGAACUUUUUACUUGUAAUUGUGUAUUUCUAGUGUGAUAUCACUACCUUUAUUUAAGUAUUCGAUUUGAAAACUUCUUCCACCUCUGGUUUUAAAAGUAAAAGUUAUUGGUCUGCAGGAAAACGUCCCCUGUGAUAGAUCACAUGACUAAAAUAGUAUUACUGUUGCAGCAGGUCGCAGUGGAGCUGGUUUAAAUUACUUUAGUUGGUGGUUUUGUCCAAUGGGUCCCAACUUGGGUCCCCUCCAGAGGGUCACAAGAUGAAUCUGAGGGGUCGCGGGAAGAUUCAUGUGAGAGGGCCAAAGGCAAAACAAAGUUCUGCUACACAAAUUAUAAACGACACAAGGGACCAAAUUAAAUAGUUUUUUAUAAAGGUCACAAAACAAAAAGGCUGAGUAACACUGAUUUAAUCUGUAGCAAUGUAUUUUAAAGCAACAGAAACUUAUUAUGCUCGAGUUAAGUACAAAAUGUUAUCUGAGGGCUGAAUUAAAUUGUUGGAUACAAUUCCUGGUGUUUCCUGAAAAACAAAGCUCUCAUGUUCCCCAGAAUAAUAAUAAUAACUGCCAAAAUAUUCAGUCCCAGAGGAAAUAUUUAAUCACACGUCAGUUAUAUUACAGGGAAGCUUUGUGUGAUUUGCUGAAUUGUGUAAUCAGAUUCAGUUACACCUCAGUUUCCUAAGAAAGACACAAACUGAUAACUAAUAAUGAAACAGGAUCUUUUCAGUUCGUCUCUUUUGAUGAAUGGAAACAUUAAGAUUGAAUAGAAGGUAAGUCUGCACGUUAACCAAACAAUGAAACAGAUUUCACCAUCAUCUGUACUUCCAUGUGCAAUUUUAAAGCAUAAAGAAACAGCAGGAUGAUCAAAUGCAGAUAUAUGAUCAGCUCUUUCACUGGUUAUCAUUUUUAUAACUUUAAAAUCAUAAAUUGUCAGUGCUGCAAAGUAAAUACGUCUACUUGAGUGUUGUUGUUAAAGUAGGAUUUGAGGUACUUGUUCUUUAUUUGAAUAUUUCCCUUUUAUGCUACUUUAUACUUCUAGUCCACUUCAUCUAUUUGACAGCCAGAGUAGGUUUCAUUUGACAUAUGAGGACAUAAAAAACAGGGUGUUUUGGGGUCCCCUUUGAGAAAAUCUUAAGCAUCAAACACAUAAUUUCCUGCAUUCUGGUGAUUUUUUUACGCAUCGAUUUAUGGUGUAAAUGUCUUUAAUUUAGUCAAAAUAAAAGUGCUAUUUUUAGGAGUUUGUUGGAGGGGACAAAUGUACAUGUUGAAAUUUUAAGGGGGACGUGUCCCUCUGUGUCCAUAUCACUUCAUAAAAUGUGAUAUAUUGUAGAUUAAACUACAAUGAUGCAAUGCGAUACGACAAUACGCCACGAUACGAUAUGAUGCGCUUUAUUUUCCCUGUAGGGAAAUUUGUCUUGGACUCAGGAGCUGCACAAGUAUUGCUGCCUUACGAUAAUAGUCAGGAAGAAAUGAAGCAUACACCAUUAAAACAUAAGAACACACACUACACAUAACACCAGCACACAACAGAGCACUGUAAGCAAAACACAACACAACCCCUAAAUAUCAAGUGACAUUAUUUAACAUCUUAAUUGACGUUGGCACAAGUUAAUUUUUAAAACAGUUUAGUGGGCUGUAUAAAUGUUCCAUUAGUCCCAGUCUGACUGCAACAUAAAUAUGUGUGAGUAAUAACAAAUACGGUAACAUAUGAGAAUGAAUGAAAGAAAAGCAGUUCAUUUAAUUUUCACAGUUACAUUUUCAGACCUUCAUGUCUUCAACAUUUAUAAAUCACUGAGUAAACUACUUUAGAAAUAUGAAUAAUUAUUUGCUAAAAAGUAACAACUGUUCUUUUUAAAAUCGCCUGUAGAUCAGUUUUGUUAAAUAAUUUCAUAGAAGAAUGUCAUUAAAUCACCACACUGCUGAACAGUACAAAAGAAAAUGUGGUUCCCUUUCCACCUCUUCCAAAUCACACAGCUUAUUUCGUCUGGUUUCCUUAUUCACGUCAUGGAUCUGAAUUCCUCUCCAUCACUGUAUGAUGUUAUAAAAAGUGACAGAACCAUUGUUGGCCAGGUGUGAAAUAACCUUUGGCACAAAGUUGGAUUGAUUCAGAUGAAUAAAUAUGAAUUAAAAGUUCUUUCUUGUGGAAAAAAGUGACAAAAGUGAGGGAGAAGUAGCUUCAUGUGGGGGGAGGAAGACUUCCCUCCCUCUAACAUGAAGCCUGAAUAAACAUCAGUCAGUCACACACCAUCCUAACACUAACCCAGGUGAGCCCGUCUGUCUGUCUGCAGGUAUAAAGCAGUGCUGCAGUAGGCGGUACGAAGCAUCGCUGUGUCUGUUAGGACACGUUACACACCCCUGGAUCAGUGCAGAGGAACUGCUCAGUCUGUGCUGAGCCUUGCGGACAGAAUAACGCACAGUAACCUGAAGCAAAACCACCGUCUCAUCUCAUCUCCAGCGACAUGAGGGAGUGCAUCUCCAUCCACGUGGGUCAGGCAGGUGUCCAGACAGGAAACGCCUGCUGGGAGCUCUUCUGCCUCGAACAUGGCGUCGGUCCUGAUGGCGUCUCCUUGGAGAGUCCUGCAGAACCAAACUCUCGUGAAGACCCAUUCAACACCUUCUUCAACACUGGCAGCUCUGGGCAUCAUGUUCCCAGAGCGAUCUAUGUGGACCUGGAGCCCACAGUGGUCGAUGAGGUAAGAGUUGGAAAGUACAGAGAGCUUUUCCACCCUGAGCAGCUGAUCUCUGGAAAGGAGGAUGCAGCCAACAACUACGCACGAGGCCAUUACACUGUCGGGAAAGAAAUCAUUGAUGGAGUCAUGGAGCGUGUCCGUAAAAUGACGGACCAGUGCACCGGCCUGCAGGGGUUCCUCGUCUUUCACAGUUUUGGAGGUGGAACCGGCUCCGGCUUCACCUCUUUGCUGAUGGAGCGUCUUUCUGUCGACUAUGGCAAGAAAUCCAAGCUGGAGUUCGCUGUGUACCCAGCCCCUCAGGUGUCCACCGCUGUGGUGGAGCCCUACAACGCCAUCCUCACCACCCACACCACCUUAGAGCACUCUGACUGCGCCUUCAUGGUGGACAACGAAGCCAUCUACGACAUAUGUCGGCGCAACAUGGACAUCGACAGUCCCGGUUACACCAACCUCAACAGAUUGAUCGGUCAGAUUGUGUCCUCAAUCACGGCCUCCCUUCGUUUCGACGGCUCCCUCAAUGUGGACCUGAUGGAGUUCCAGACCAACCUGGUCCCGUUUCCACGUAUCCACUUCCCUCUGGUUACCUACUCGCCCAUCAUCUCUGCUGAGAAGGCGUAUCACGAGCAGCUGACUGUGUCCGAGAUCACGAGCGCCUGCUUUGAGCCGACCAAUCAGAUGGUCAAGUGUGACCCUCGUCAUGGCAAGUACAUGGCGUGCUGCAUGCUGUACCGAGGCGAUGUCGUCCCUAAGGAUGUAAACGCUGCCAUCGCAAACAUAAAGACCAGACGUUCUAUUCAGUUCGUCGACUGGUGCCCAACUGGAUUUAAGGUGGGCAUCAACUACCAACCUCCGACUGCGGUCCCCGGUGGAGACCUGGCCAAAGUCCAGAGGGCUGUUUGCAUGCUGAGCAACACCACGGCCAUCGCUGAGGCCUGGUCACGUCUCGAUCACAAGUUCGACCUCAUGUACGCCAAGCGUGCGUUCGUCCACUGGUAUGUAGGUGAAGGUAUGGAGGAGGGAGAGUUCACAGAGGCCAGAGAGGACCUGGCCUGUCUCGAAAGGGAUUACGAGGAUUUGGGUCAAACAUACCCAGAUUCUGAAAAUGAUGAUGAAGACCAAGAAUACUGAGCAAGGCUGUGACAGCUGCAUGGCAUUUUAUCCUGAGUCAGUAACGAUGUCAUAUCUGUACUGUCUGUCUUCUAAAGCUAGCCAAGGUGAUGAUCUUUGUCACUGCCAUGUUUUUGUAACGUCAGAAGAAGACAGACUAACACUAAAGCUGUAUUUGAAUUGUGUUGUGAAAUAAAGUUUGUCUUUGCAUA